GUGUGACUCGACUGGACUCGGUUGAUUCCAUCAAUAAAUUAGGUAUCUCCUUGUAACUUUUCCUUGCAAUGUCUCCGAAUACAGCUUCCUCUACUGGCAAGGAUAAAUUGAUCGCAGACGAAGAAGAGGUUCUGCAGGCCGUUAUUCUAGCAGAUAGUUUUAACAAACGAUUCAAACCGCUAACCACGCAUAAACCUCGAUGCCUGCUGCCGAUAUGCAAUGCUCCCUUGCUGGACUGGACGUUUGAAAGCCUUGCUCUAGCUGGCGUACAAGAGAUCUUCGUAAUAUGUAGAUCACAUGCGGAACUGGUCAAGACUGCGAUCAAGAAUUCGAAAUGGUCAAAGCCCGGCGCAGGCCUCAAGAUUGUCCCUAUUGUGACUGCAAAAGAGACGUUCACACCUGGUGAUGCCAUGCGCGACAUCUACACUCAUGGCAUCAUCACUUCAGAUUUCGUACUCGUCACCGGUGAUCUCGUGAGCAACAUACACAUCGGUAAUGUUGUCCGCGAGCACAAAGAGCGGAGGAAAACGGACAAGGACGCCAUAAUGACCAUGGUGGUCAAACAGAGCGGUGUGAACCAUCGGACGCGUUCGAAAGGUGAUUCUGCGGUGUUUGUCAUAGAUCCAGAGACAUCAAAAUGCCUGCACUACGAGGCGGUGACUGGGUACCCGCCGAAGAAAUACGCAAGCAUACCACGCGAAAUUCUCAAUGAACACCCUGAGGUGGAGAUCCGAAAUGACUUGAUUGAUUGUUCGAUAGACAUAUGUUCUGUAGAGGUGCCGUCACUGUUCCAAGACAACUUCGACUACGGGGACGUACGAAGGGAUUUCGUUCAUGGCGUCCUUACGUCUGACCUACUCAUGAAAAGUAUCUAUUGCUAUAUAGCCAAAGAGGGUUAUGCUGCUCGUGUCAGGGAUACUCGCAGCUAUGACUCCAUCAGCAAAGACAUUCUUUCAAGAUGGACAUUCCCUUUGGUGCCAGAUGACAACCAUCCUGGUGGCCACUCGUAUGAGCAUCUACGGGGAAACAAAUACAUUGCCAAGGAUAACUCUGUGAUACUCUCUAGGACGUGCAAGAUCGGAAAUAACACGCUGAUUGGCUCGAAAUCGCAGAUAGCUGAUAAUGCCCAGGUUACAGCAUCUGUUCUUGGCCAGCGGUGCAUUGUUAGUGCGGGCAGUAUAGUCCGCAACUCUUAUCUCUUUGAUGGAGCGGUCAUCGGGCCGAAUUGCGUCGUCGAGUACAGUAUAAUCGGGUCAGGUGUACAUAUCAAGGAGUGCACUCGUGUUGAACGCGGAUGUUUGAUUGCUGAUGGCGUCAUCAUCGGUCCGCGGGCGAAACUUGCUCCAUUUUCAAGAUUAUCUAAGCGACGGCAAGACGACGACGACUCGGAAGAAGAGGAAGAAUUCGAAGAUGCAGAAGAACAGCACCAAGAAGAAGAAGACGAUGACGAAGGUGAAGAUGGUGACGACGAAGAUGAGGUCGACUCGGAACUAGAAGACGUGGAAGCAAACCAAGAUCCUGAAGCCCUUGCAAAACUUGGCUCUGGCACCAAUGCGAUGAUUUGGCCACUGCCAGUUGUUGACGAGGACGAGAACAUCGAUGAGCUGGAACACCCUGAUAACCAGCGCUUGAUGCGAAUAGGCGACGACGCAUCAGAUCUCGUUCUCUCGGAUGCUGGCUCCGUCACUUCAUCAGAGUCUGAGUCAGAGUCUGAUUCUGACGAAGACGACGAGCACUUUUACGAUUCCAACCCCGCUUCCUCGACGACUUCACUUCCACUCAGCACACCUUCGAAUCUAGUUGCACAAGCAGACUCGGCAGUAAUAUCAGAGUUUCAACAGGAAGUCAAGCAGUCGCUCGAUCGUGCGUUUGCUGAAGGCCAUUCUGUUGAUAAUGCCGCUGUAGAACUGAAGACGCUGCGUAUGGCAAGCAACGUAUCUCUCCGCCUUGUGCGGGAGGCGGUGAUCGCAGCCAUGGUAAGCCGGAUCAAAAUCGUGGCGGGUGGAGGCAUUCCGCAACGACAGGAGAUUGCUAGUAUGAUUGCUCGAUGGGGAGGGCUGAUUGACAAAAUUGGGGGGGUGGAUGCGGUAGAAACUGUCGAAAUCCUCCAGGUGAGUAUCUCGCGACGAUGGCUUGAAGCAGUUUUGAAUCAUCCACCACAGGAAUAUUGCGCUUCGUCUGAUCGCUUGCCCUUGUUUGGCCAGAUACUUGCCGCGCUCUACCAGGACGACAUAGUCGACGAGGAUGACAUCCGCGCAUGGCAUGGAAAUUCCAAAUCUCAAGGCGAGGGCGUUAAGCCUGCGACUCUGCAAGAAAACUAUAACAAAUGCUGGGUCACUGGAGCGCAUAUGAUAAAACAGUUUGAUGAGCAGGACAGCGAUGAAGAAUCGGAGGAGGACUCAGAUGAUGGCAGCGAAACGAGGGAUCCUGCUGUCAAAAACCCAGUCACAAAGGAACUCCCUUCGGCAGGCGCACAUUCUUCGGAAGAGGAAUCAUACGAGGAUAGCUCAGACGAAGAGGACGAGGGUGACACUGACGAGGAUGACAGUGAAUAGGACCACUUCUUUACCUCAUGCAGUAAUCCUGUGCAAUUGUGGGAGGGAUCAAAAUUUAAUGAUUUAAUGCGAGGUUGCGUCAAGGGUUGACUAAUUUCCUCAGUUCAUUGCAACUGCUGGUGUUAAUUG